UAUGUCUGAUUCUGAUGGAUGGAAACACACCCAGAUCAAAUGAUUUAGCUCCUCGGUUCUCCAGAGUCCUUCUGGUGAUCUGAUCUUUUGAUUCAGGUGUGUUGAAGCAGAGACACGUCUAAACGUUGCAGGCUUUGCAGUCUAAAUGUGCGUUUUAAUGGAUUUUAUUUUUCUCUAUCAUGUAGAAAGCAGGACAACGGCCGGUUGAAAUGGGAGAAUGGGACCUACUGGGGCGACUGCUGGACAAAGUGCAGAGCAACUCCACGGUGAUCGGGAAAGUCUGGCUCACCGUUCUGUUUAUUUUCCGGAUCAUGGUCCUGCAAACCGGAGCUGAGAAGGUUUGGGGCGAUGAACAGUCCGACUUCAUCUGUAACACGCAGCAGCCAGGAUGUGAGAACGUCUGCUACGACCUCGCCUUCCCCAUCUCUCACAUCCGCUUCUGGGUGCUGCAGGUCAUCGCCUUGGCCACCCCGCAGCUGCUGUACCUGGGCCACGUCCUUCAUGUGAUUCACGUGGAGAAGAAGAUCAAGGAACGGCUGCAGAACCAGGCAGCGCUGGACGACAGAACCAGUCUCUUCCUCAGGACCUUCAAGGUGCCUAAGUACACAAAAGGCCGGGGGAAGAUCAGCAUCCGUGGUCGCCUCCUUCGCAGCUACGUCGUGCAUCUCGUAGCCAAGAUUGCCGUGGAGGUUUUGUUCAUCGUGGGCCAGUAUUUCCUCUACGGCUUCACCCUGGAGGCCCGCUACGUGUGCUCCCGCUUCCCCUGCCCCCACAAGGUGGACUGCUUCCUGUCCAGGCCCACGGAGAAGUCCGUCAUCAUCUGGUUCAUGCUGGUGGCGGCCUUCGUCUCGCUCGCCCUGGGCGUCGCCGAGCUGCUCUACCUGUUGGUGAGGGCCGUGAAGGAAUGCACGGCCAGGAGGCAGGACUACACCGUCACCCCCGUGACGCCCCCGAGGUCCGAGAAGAAAGGCUUUGGGAAGCAGGGAGAGGUGAUCCAGAAUUUUGUCAACCUGGACUUGGAGCUGCAGGGCAGAAAGGUGGGGAUGAACGGGGUGGCCAGAGGGGUGGGUGACAGAGCCGCAGACGUCGCCGCUGAGAACAGCAUUGGGGAGAUCCACAUCUGAAAACACCGAGCCGGCCCCAGAGAGAGUGGGUCGGCUCAGGUGUUUGUU